AAAAUAGAACGAGUAAAGAAAAAUAAUUAUAAAUUAUUAUUUUUCUUCUUACUCGUAUUAUUAGACUGUAUUUAUUAUUCUAAAAGAUUCGUGAAGCUAUUGGUUAGAAGAGUCGUAAAAUUUUAUUAAAAAUACUUUCGGUUACGUCACGUUCGAGUACCUUCAAUUUCAUUCGUCAUUCAACAUUGCGCCGAUUUAAAAAUGGCGAUGGAAGGUGCGAAAGACGCUCUCUUGACUUUGAUGAAAAAGAAAGAAAGUAUCGAGGAGGAAAUUAAUUCACUUUUUGCCGUUUUGAAAUCCCAAAACAUUGGAAUGUCAGAUCCAGUUGUUGAUUCUGAGGGUUAUCCGAGAUCCGAUAUUGAUGUUUAUCUCGUCAGGCAGACAAGACAGAGAAUUAUAUGUUUACAAAAUGAUCAUAAGGAAGUAAUGAAACAAAUAGAAGCAGGAUUGUAUUCUUUGCAUGCUGAGCAGAAAGAAUCAAAUAGCAAUUUAUUACAGUCAACUCAAUCACAAGACACUGAAUCACUUUCACCUUUUGCCAAAGUCAACUGUGUUGAUUUAAAUUCUCCAGCAGAUAAUGCUGGUCUGCACAUUGAUGAUAAGAUUAUACAAUUUGGAUCUAUAACUUCCAAAAAUUUUGUUGAUUUGAGUAAUGUUGCAAGUCUUGUACAGCAUAGUGUUGGAAGGCCUAUUCAUGUUAAAGUAAUAAGAGGAACUAGAGUUUUUAAUCUUAGUUUAACACCAGGAACCUGGAGUGGAAAAGGAUUACUUGGGUGUAAUAUAGUUCCUAUGGAAAAGAAGUGAAGAAAAUGUUUUUUCCAUUUAUUCAAAAAUUUAAAGUACAUUAAAGUUGACUCAAUUUUUCAUGCAGUGAUAACUGAGUUCUUGUUAACUGAGACAAAUAUACAACCAUAAGUAAAUCCUGAAAAAAAAAAAAAAUGAUGAUUAUAAUUUAACUAUUUUACAAGGGGUGUUCAAAAAGUAUUGUACCUU